CAAUGAUACUUCAAAAAAAGAAGAGAGAUUAGGAUCCGUCUGCCUGAGUUGCAUUUCCUUUCUCCUGUUGAGGUUCAUGCAAAGCAAGGAUCCCCAUAAAAUAUAAUCCAACAUCAGUCUCGAGGAAAAGUCAUCAACACAGCAACCAAAUCUCCUUGCAUCUGCAAUUUGAUAAGCAUUCAAUUCCCUCGUUUUUAUUUUUCUACUUUUAUCUCAAUUGGCCCCUGUUGUCCUACAUGAUAACCAACCAAAUACAGCCGCAUAAAGCCCCUGCUUUCCGUCCCUACGGCGCCGCACCGGAUGGUUAACCCACGGAACCCCCAGAGAUGGCCAUUAAACCACUUACUCAUGACGAAAUUGCAAAUACAGAAAAGAAAUUGGACAUGCCAUUAGAUGACAUCAUCAAAAUGUCUAAAAAUACAGCUAAACCCAAGAAGCAGCAAAGGGCUCCAAUUAAAAAUCAGAAAAUGUUCAACAACCCUGCCCAUGAAAAAGCUUUAAAGAUGCGGCGUUAUAUGGACUCAAGGCCUUUGGUUCGGCAGGCUGCCUUGGCUCAAAGAAGGUCAAAUUUCCAGAGGAAUCAAUUUCCUUUAACAUCUGAGGCUGCAAGGAAGGCUGCAGUUGCUCGCUUUCGCAAUAGAAGUUUUGGUCAUAAUUUCAUGGCUAAUGCAAACAAUGCAAGGGCUGGAGGUUUUACAGUCCAGAGGAGAGUUGCAAAUGGAGGCUUUGCUAUGAAGUCACCACCACGCCUGAAUCAACAACAGCAGCAGGGGGAUGGAGGUGCUAAGCAGAGGCCUCAAACAUUGGACUCACUGUUUGCUAACAUGAAGGAGCAGAGGAUGAAAGUCUUGUCACGACGAAACAAAGUUGUACAACACAAUGGCGGCGGCAGGCAGCCAAGGGUGCCAUGGGCGAGAGGUCGAUUCUGAUACAAACUCUUGUAACAUGCUAGUCAGAGUAGGUGUUUGUGGCGCUAAAGCAGAGUCUUCUGUGAUGAUGUCCUUCUCAGUUUCUCUGUGGACCCUGUUUGUUCAAGUUGGGGUGUGCUUCACUUGCAGAACCUAGGGUUCCAUAAAUUUUCUUUUUGCUCGUCAUCUUGAACUAUUUUCAGCAUGGUAUUUUCUAGUGGCAUUGUAUAUCAGUUGCAGGAUAUUAAUGCAAUUCAUGCCUUCUCAGAAA